AUGCACCACUAUGACGGUUAUAAGCUGAUGAAUUGGAAUGAGCAGUUUUGUGAAGAUCACGGACCUGCAAGUGGAACGAGUCGAUCGUGGAAUGAAGGGAUAGCCAACGGAAUAAAACAAGAAGAUUGUAGUGAUGAAGACAAGGAUCAGGAGGAUAAGGAUAGAAGAAAUCCAGUUAAAGUAGAAAAUAAUGAUGAGGAUGGAGAUGAGGAGAAUGAUGACUACAUGUCUGAUGUAUUCACAGCAACUACGAGUGAUAUUAGACCAGGAAUCGCUAUUAGCCACAGCCAACGACGGAUUUUGAAAAUCGAGUCGGAACGAAAGGAGUACGAAGAACGACUGAAGAGUCAGCCAAAACGAGCAGAACUUGAACGAGAGAUGCGUGAGAAGGCAUUGCAAAAACCGAUUAGUAGUGAAUCAAAGGGAUUUGCAUUACUCGCGAAAAUGGGUUAUAAGCCAGGCAUGAGUUUGGGAAAGCAGAAAGAAGAGUAUUUCGCAACAGUGUACCUAAAACAGUUCUUAUUUGGCGAUUAUCAAAGUCGACAACGUGCUGCAAGUGCACAGAAACAACUGAUUGGUGAUAUAAUGAAAAGUCGAAAAGCGUGUCAGGAUCUUGAUUUGAGGAAUGGUCUGGAGUUACCGAAGAGUCCGUACUUUUGGCCAAUAUACAAAGAGAAGUCAACAAGGGAAGCGCUCCUUGAUGUGCGAGGAGGCGCACCUUCAAGUAAAAGGGCGCAUAUUGUGGGUGUUAGUGAAGAUGGAUAUGAAUGUGUGGAUGACGAUUAUGAAAGCAAUGACGAUGGUGAUGACGACGAGAUUUAUAAAUAUCCAAAUGGCAAAUUGGCACCGGCCGAACGGGAGUUGAACGAAUUGAAUGAAACAGAGCUGAUGGAUAGGUGGAUAUGUAUUGUAAUUGGAUUUGGAGAUAAUCAGUCAUCUCAUUUUUUGUUUGGUUUGAGAUUGGAGGAUUUGACAGCAUAUCUGCGUGAAGAACACAACUAUUGUGUUUGGUGUGGAUGCCAGUAUGAAAGUAACGAGGAAUUGUCAACGCAGUGCCCUGGUUCGACACGAUGCGAGCAUGAGGAGGACGGUGCUUUGGAUGAGUAA